AUGGAUUCUAAUUGUGGUCCAGGAGCUUUCAGCAUAAAGAACGUCACUCCAAAAGUAGGUGAUGCUGAAACUCGUAAAGCCAUUCGCCGUGCCUUCGAUGUGUGGCAGAAUGUAACUCCUCUAACAUUUGAAGAAGUUCCUUAUAUUGAAUUAGAAAAUGGGAAGAGGGAUGUGGAUAUUACAAUCAUUUUUGCAUCAGGUUUUCAUGGAGACAGUUCUCCCUUUGAUGGGGAGGGAGGAUUUUUGGCUCAUGCAUAUUUCCCUGGGCCAGGAAUUGGGGGAGACACUCAUUUUGACUCAGAUGAGCCGUGGACUUUGGGAAAUCCAAAUCAUGAUGGAAAUGAUCUGUUUCUAGUUGCAGUGCAUGAACUGGGACAUGCACUGGGCUUGGAACACUCUAAUGAUCCCACUGCAAUCAUGGCUCCAUUUUACCAGUAUAUGGAAACUGACAACUUCAAACUACCUAAUGAUGAUUUACAGGGCAUCCAGAAGAUAUAUGGUCCGCCAGACAGGAUCCCACCACCAACAAGACCUCUGCCGACAGUGCCCCCACAUCGUUCAAUCCCUCCAGCAGACCCGCGGAAGAAUGACAGGCAACCUAAGCCUCCCCGGACACCCGCUGGUGACAAACCUUCCUAUCCUGGAGCCAAGCCUAACAUCUGUGAUGGGAACUUCAACACUCUGGCUAUUCUUCGCCGGGAAAUGUUUGUUUUCAAGGAUCAGUGGUUUUGGCGAGUCAGAAACAACAGGGUGAUGGAUGGAUACCCCAUGCAGAUUACCUACUUCUGGAGGGGACUGCCUCCCAGCAUUGAUGCAGUUUAUGAAAACAGUGAGGGGAAUUUUGUCUUCUUUAAAGGUAACAAGUUCUGGGUUUUCAAGGACACUACUCUCCAGCCAGGUUAUCCUCAUGAUUUGGUAACACUUGGAAGCGGAAUUCCUUCCCAUGGCAUUGAUUCAGCAAUUUGGUGGGAAGAUGUUGGGAAAACCUACUUCUUCAAAGGAGAUAGGUACUGGAGGUACAGUGAAGAAAUGAGAUCCAUGGACCCUGGUUAUCCCAAACCAAUCACAAUUUGGAAAGGUAUCCCAGAAUCUCCUCAGGGAGCCUUUGUCCACAGAGAAAAUGGCUUCACAUAUUUCUACAAAGGAAAAGAGUACUGGAAAUUCAAUAACCAGAUGCUCAGGGUGGAACCUGGCUAUCCCAGAUCCAUCCUCAAGGAUUUUAUGGGUUGUGAUGGACCAACAGAUCGAGACAAGGACCGACACAGCCCUCAAGAUGAUGUUGACAUUGUCAUCAAACUGGACAACACAGCCAGCACUGUGAAAGCCAUAGCCAUCGUCAUUCCCUGCAUCCUGGCCUUGUGCCUCCUUGUCUUGGUUUACACUGUGUUCCAGUUCAAAAGGAAAGGAACACCCCGCCACAUACUGUACUGCAAACGGUCUAUGCAAGAGUGGGUGUGAUGUAGAGUUUUGUUUUUUUUUCUUUCCCUCACAGGAGUUUGUGGUAACUUGAGGUUCAACACAAGAGCUGUUAUGCAGUUUCCUAGCUAGGAGCGGGCAUCUGUCAGUCUGAAACAAAGCUGAUCUUUAAUACCCAGGGGGUUGCCUGUCCUGUGCAUGAGUGGCGAUUCGCUCAGCUGGGAAGCUUCCAUGAUACACGGUAUCUACUGUUUCUUCAGUCCUUUGUCUUUCUUUGUCAUUCGAUUCUAGGCCUUUCCUCUGCACGCUCAAUACCCUAUGAACUAUCAGGAUUAACUAAUGAAGAGGAAAAAAAACAAAAUCUCCAGUGUUUCUACAUUUUUCCCUUAAGGCCUGUUCCCCUUUGAAAAUUUUUUUGCUGAAAGUAAUUUUUUUUAGAAAAACACAACAACCCACAACAGAACUUUCAGGAAAGUGAGAAGACCCAAAACAGCUUUGUCUCCAAAGAGGAUUGCUUUCUGUCUGCUAUGGAUAAAGUCCUAUACACUCCUACUUCCAGUUUUGUCAGGUGGGAGACUCGGAUGACACACAGGACUUCAGACUGUUCGGACAGCCAUUUUCCAACAAACAAGGGGCCAAAAUAUCUGCAAUAUAGUAACAGCCUUAAUACUACAUUCAUUUUGUGUUUUUUACAGCUGCUCUGGGCUACGUCCUCAAUGUUUUAAACACAUUUAUAUUCAUUACUAUAUUCAAGCAGAACCUUUUUAUCAGUUUGUUUGAUUUUUGGUUGGUUUUCCUGCAUAAUCUUUCCCAAGCUGUACCAAGCCAACUGCCCCAGGCCUUUUACAGGUCUGUCAGGAGCACUCAUUCCAGAGCAUGGUAAAAAGCAGUGUGUGUCUCUGAAGUGGAAUUCAAUGAACUAAAGCAACAGUCAUGCUAUAGAGAAACUUGAUGCUGGUAUUACAUUGGUGGUGUAACCCUUUGAGAACUAUUGCAUCCUUUGUCAGAGUCUGGUGGAUGUUAAUUUUAGUUGUCAUUAAAUUACAGGAUUGUGUUUGGGUAGUACAAAUUUUAAAAGUAAAUCAGUUUUUUCAAAACAGGUUUCCUGUAACUGCAAGUGAGUGUUUUUAAUUAUUUGCCUUAUUGAUAGAAAAGCAUUUGUAACGUAAAUAGAAAACAAAAUAUGUUUACCAGCUACCUUCUGGUUAAAAGAACCAAAUCUAUUUUAAUAACUUCUACCACUUAACAAGAAAUUUUCUGAACUGGCGACAGUUUUGUAACUCAGCCUUUUCUCUUAAGCAUCUUGAAUUUAUCUUUUAAACUAUGUUGCAUGAUAAUUCAGUUUGCCUCUGCAGAGGUAGGGUUACAGUUUCAAAGGAAAGUAAAAAUUAUGACUCUGAUAUUGCAUGAGUAUUCUCCAGUGUGUUACCCCUAUGCAUGUUCAUCAUAGUUCUCAAAGGGUUAGUCAAAUUUCUGGCCUUCAGCCAAACAUGGUAUCACUGACAGAGUCAAGGCACCACCAAAGCAUUUUGUCAUUCUGUGUAAUUUGUGCUAACAGCAGUAUUGUCAUUUUCAUGUGACCUGCAGAGCAGGUUUGUAUCAAUAUUUUUUUCCUAGAGAAAAGUCAGCAACUGACAGACCUCUUUAUUGAUUUUAGGAGCUGCUUCUUGCAGUGAUAGGCUUUACAGUCACUGGGCUGUGAACUUAUUAAAGAUGGUCAGAAUGAUGCACCCCAAAAGUCAGACACCUGGUUUUUUAUGAAAGCCAGGAUUUGAGGGGCAUAGCUUUUGCAACAAUGAACAGCUUGCCUUGAACUUGAUUAUUGACCUGUUGACUGUCAUUUCCAAGUUACGUAUUGUCUUCUGUGAUCAGCUUCACUGUCUGAAUUUCCAUAAAGUGUACUGUCCUGUCUUUGAUCUUUGACCUUUAACUUGCAAACUGGCACAAACUGAAGGGAAUAUGAUGUUGCGAAUGAACUAAGACAAGUUUUAUUUCUUAAAAGGCCUGAUACACAUUAUCCAAAAUUCGAGAAGAAAAUGUUGAGAUGUUUUCAUAAGAAAGAACUGACAUAAACUAAAAUAUUUAUGAUAGAUCUGUAGAAGGGUAUUUUGCUAUGUAUACAUGCACACUCUAAAAUGAGCUACAGUAGAAGUUAAUUUUUAUUUAACUUGAAUACAAUUUUCAGUAUAAAAUUAUCAUUUCUACAAAUAGGUAAUUAUUAAUGAAAAGGUUAUAGAGAAGUAUUAAAAUACUUGAAAUGGCCAAUAUUGGCUUUUACAUAAAAUGAGACUUUUAUACUACAUUCAACCAAUUUCUUACUGGUUUCUUAAUCCACAUAACUGGAUCACUUUUUAGAGAGUGUAGGUAUAUAUAUAUACAUAUAUAU